AUGGCUCCAACGGCUUCUUUACCUGAAAAACCUACCCCUUCAGAGGGCCCCGGUCCUCGCUCGUCGACGGAGGUCUCCUCGCAUGGGGAUUCCACCAAACAGGAGAAAAACAACGCAUCAACUGCCGCGAAUGGAGACGCCCGAGAGGCCAAAGACACCUCGGCGAAGGAUGGCGCCGACGUGGACCCCUUCAAGCAUCUUCCCGACCACGAGGCCACCGUCUUGAGACGCCAGGUCGUCCUCCCAGAGGUGAAGUCGGGCUUCGUAAGCCUCUACCGAUACGCCUCGGCCAACGACAUCAUCAUCAUAGCCGUUUCCGUCCUCUGCGCCAUCGCAUCUGGUGCCGCCCUGCCUCUAAUGACCGUCAUCUUCGGCAACCUGCAACGCGUCUUCCAAGAUUACUUUUUCACCGACACCCUGACCUAUGAUGAUUUCAUGGGCGAGCUCGUCACUCUGGUUUUGUACUUCGUCUACCUGGCCAUUGGCGAGUUUGUUGUUACCUACCUUGCCACGGUUGGCUUCCUCUAUACUGGCGAACACAUUAGCGCCAAAAUCCGAGAGCACUAUCUCGAGAGCUGCUUGCGUCAGAACAUUGGCUUUUUCGACAACUUGGGCGCAGGCGAGGUGACCACCCGCAUUACUGCCGACACGAACCUCAUUCAGGACGGCAUAUCCCAAAAGGUCGCCCUUACCAUCACCGCCGUGGCCGCCUUUGUCACCGCCUUCGUCAUUGGUUUCAUUUUCUACUGGCGGCUCACCCUCAUCCUCUCCGCUACCGUCUUCGCCUUGCUUCUCUGCAUGGGCGGCGGAUCCAGGUUCAUCAUGAAGUACAACAAACAAUCCCUCGACUCAUACGCCCAGGGAGGCAGUCUCGCCGACGAGGUAUUCAGCUCUAUCCGUAAUGCUGUCGCCUUCGGCACCCAGGACCGUCUGGCCCAGCAAUACGACGCACACCUUACGAAAGCCGAGCACUACGGCUUCAGGGUCAAAACAGCUCUGGCUUGCAUGGUCGCCGGCAUGAUGACUAUCCUCUACCUCAACUACGGCUUGGCAUUCUGGAUGGGAAGCACGUACAUCGUUGACGGCAUCGUCGAGCUCUCUUCUGUCCUCAUCAUCAUGAUGUCCAUAAUGAUCGGCGCCUUCAACCUCGGUAACGUCGCCCCCAACAUACAGGCCUUCGUCAACGCCACCGCCGCCGCCGGCAAGAUCUACAACACCAUCGACCGUGCUUCGCCUCUGGACACCUCUACCGACGAAGGCGAGAAGCUCGAUUCGCUCGAGGGGACCAUCCGUCUUGAGAACAUCAAGCACAUCUAUCCCUCCCGGCCCGAAGUAGUCGUCAUGAAGGAUGUCUCCCUCACCAUCCCGGCCGGCAAAACAACCGCACUAGUGGGGGCCUCGGGCUCGGGGAAGUCCACCAUCGUUGGCCUUGUCGAGCGCUUCUACGACCCCGUUCAGGGCACCGUGUACCUCGAUGAUCAUGACAUCAGCAAGCUGAACCUCCGUUGGCUGCGACAGCAAAUGUCCCUCGUCAGCCAGGAACCGACUCUUUUUGCCACCACCAUCUUCCACAACAUCCGGCAUGGCCUUAUCGGCACAAAGCACGAGCACGAGAGCGAGGAGAAGCAACGCGAGCUGGUCAUCGAUGCGGCCAAGAAGGCCAACGCGCAUGAUUUCAUCACCCAACUCCCGGAGGGUUACGAGACCAAUGUUGGCGAGCGCGGCUUCCUGCUUUCCGGCGGUCAAAAGCAGCGCAUCGCUAUUGCUAGAGCUGUUGUGUCCGAUCCCAAGAUCCUGCUCCUCGAUGAGGCCACAUCUGCCCUCGAUACCAAGUCCGAAGGUGUCGUCCAGGCUGCUCUGGAGGUCGCCUCGGCAGGGCGGACUACCAUAACUAUCGCUCACCGGCUUUCGACCAUCAAAGACGCACACAACAUCGUUGUCAUGUCCGAAGGCCGCAUUGUCGAGCAAGGAACCCAUGACGAGCUUCUGGAGCGGAAUGGCGCCUACUACAACCUCGUCAGUGCGCAGAACAUCGCCGCAGCCAACGAGAUGAGCGUGGAAGAGGAAGAGGCCAUCGACCGAGAGGAAGAGGAGCUCAUCCGCCAAGCCUCCCGCUCCAAGGAAGGUUAUGUCCAUGAUCCUAAUGAUGACGUGGCUGCCCGUCUGGAACGAACAACGACUUCGAAAUCAGCCUCGAGCGUCGCGCUUCAAGGCAACGCGUCCGAGGAAGACCGCAAGUACAGUCUCGCCACGUUGAUUAGGCUCAUCGGCUCUUUCAACAAGAAAGAAUGGCAUUUCAUGUUGGUCGGUCUAUUCUUUUCCAUCAUCUGUGGUGGCGGCAACCCGACGCAGGCCGUCUUCCUCGCUAAACAGAUCACCACCCUGUCGGUCCCCGUCACACCGGCCAAUGGGAGUCGAAUCAAGUCCGACUCGGACUUCUGGAGCUCCAUGUAUCUCAUGCUCGCGCUUGUCCAGUUCCUUGCCUUCACUGUGCAGGGUGUCAUCUUUGCUAAAUGUUCCGAGCGGCUCAUCCACCGUGCUCGAGAUAGCGCCUUCCGCACCAUGCUUCGCCAAGACGUCGCCUUUUUCGACCGCGACGAGAACACGGUCGGCGCCCUGACUUCGUUCCUGUCGACGGAGACUACGCACCUCGCCGGCCUCAGCGGCGUCACCCUGGGCACGCUGCUCCUGGUCACUACGACGCUCAUCGCGGCCUUGACCCUCUCCCUCGCCAUUGGCUGGAAGCUCUCUCUCGUGUGCGCCUCCACCAUCCCCGUCCUCCUCGGUUGCGGUUUCUUCCGCUUCUGGAUUCUCGCCCACUUUGAGCGCCGCUCCAAAGCGGCCUACGCUUCAUCCGCCAGUUUUGCGUCCGAGGCCAUCUCCGCCAUCCGCACGGUUCAGUCGCUGACCCGUGAGGGCGACGUUCUUCGCAUGUAUCGCGAUUCCCUCGCCCAGCAGCAGCGCCGCAGUUUCAUUGCCACCCUCAGAUCGAGCGCUCUCUACGCCGCGUCCCAGUCGCUCACCUUUCUCGCCUUCGCGCUCGGCUUCUGGUAUGGAGGUACGCUGAUCGCCAGCUACGAGUACAACAUGUUCCAGUUCUUCGUCUGCUUCUCGGCCAUCAUCUUCGGCGCGCAGUCCGCGGGCACGAUCUUCUCCUUUGCACCGGACAUGGGCAAGGCUCACCAGGCGGCCGGCUCCCUCAAGACGCUCUACGACCGCCAGCCGUCUAUCGACACGUGGUCUGGAAAGGGCGAGUCCCUCGAGUCCGUGGACGGCACCAUCGAGUUUCGCGAUGUUCACUUCCGCUACCCGACGCGGCCCGAACAGCCGGUUCUGCGAGGUCUCAACCUCACCGUCCGCCCAGGCCAAUACAUUGCGCUCGUCGGUGCCUCGGGCUGCGGCAAGAGCACCACAAUCGCCCUGCUUGAGCGGUUCUACGACCCUCUGGCAGGCGGGAUUUUCAUAGACGGCCGGGAGAUCAGCACGCUCAACGUCAACCAGUACCGGUCGCACAUCGCGCUCGUGAGCCAGGAGCCGACGCUGUACCAGGGCACGAUCCGCGAGAACAUCCUCCUGGGCACGCCCAAGGAGGUGGGCGACGAGGCGAUCGAGUUCGCGUGCCGCGAGGCCAACAUCUACGACUUCAUCGUGUCGCUGCCGGACGGGUUCAACACCGUCGUCGGCAGCAAGGGCACGCUGCUCUCGGGCGGGCAGAAGCAGCGCAUCGCCAUCGCGCGCGCCCUCAUCCGCGACCCGAAGAUCCUGCUCCUCGACGAGGCCACGUCGGCGCUCGAUUCCGAGUCGGAGCACGUCGUGCAGGUGGCCCUCGACAAGGCGGCCAAGGGCCGCACGACCAUUGCGGUUGCGCACCGCUUGAGCACGAUUCAGAAGGCUGAUAUUAUUUACGUCUUCGAUCUGGGGCGUAUUGUCGAACAGGGCACGCACUCUGAGUUGAUGAAUAUGAACGGGCGAUACGCCGAGUUGGUAAAUCUGCAGAGUUUGGAAAAGCAUGGGUGA